AUGUUUCGGACACAGCUCCUCCCAGCCCUCACGCUGGCGCUGACGACUCUCGUCAACGCCCAAUCCAGCGAUGACCUCGGCGUAGCAAACGGCUUCCUCGACUUCAAAGCCGGCCAGUUCACCGGCCAGCUCGUCAAGGACUCCCAGACCCUCGCCUCCCUCAAGCCCGGAACCGACUUUGACUUCCUCCCCUCGGACCUCCUCGCCAACCUCACCUUCAACUACGCCCACCACAUCGGCGACGUCACCUUCCGCUUCAAGCUCGACGGCGCCGGCAACUGGACGUCCGUCGACUCCGCCCAAGCCAGAAAGCCCGUCAAAGCCCUCGCGGACCUCGCCCCGGGCGUGAUUGCCGGUGCAGACCUCGCCGCGACGCUGCCCGCGGGCGUGCCCUUGACCGUCACGCGCGAGUGGCUCCCCGCCGGCGACGGCCUCGCUCUAAGAGUCAACUUCACCAACACCGCCAACGACACCGUCGAGCUCGGCGCCCUGGGUCUGCCUAUCGCCAUCAACAACAUCUUUUCGCGCCCGUCGGCCGAGGAGACGCAGGCAAAGUGCUCCCUCGCGGACCCGUACAUCGGUCUCGAUGCGGGCUACGUCCGCGUCUCCCCCGUAAAGGGCCUCGGCAACGCCCUUGUGGUCGCGCCGCUGGGCUCGAGUCCGUUCGAGGCGUGGAGACUUCUUGGGGAGCCGCAGGGUGAUUACUACUACCAGUCGCAGACCUACGAAGGCACUUAUGAGUGGAUGAUUCACUCCCAGGCGUGGGCGGAGACCGAGUGGAAGGGCGCGACGCCCUGGAAUACGCCCACCUCGAAGACGCUCGAGGCCGGGGAAACAUACUCUGUCGGACUCAGGUUCGUCGCCGCGGAGAGCAUCCAGACCAUCGAGGCCGCCGUCACAAAGGCGGAGAUCCCGCUCGCCGUGGGCAUCCCGGGCUACGUCGUGCCCACCGAUCUAACAGCCAGACUCUACCUCACGCACUCGUCCCCGGUUAAGACCAUCGACGGCCAAGCCUUCACCAUCAAGCAGGACACCGCCGCAAAGGGCUCCCCGUACCUCCUCACGCCGACCGCCGGCGCCUGGGGCCGCGCAAAGGUAACAAUUACCUACGAGGACGGCAAGACGCAGGUGGUGCAGUACUACAUCACCAAGCCCGCGCCGGAAACGGUGGCGGACCUUGGCCACUUCCUCACCACCGCCGCGCACUUCACCGACACCUCGGACCCCUUUGGCCGCGCGCCGUCCAUCAUGGGCUACGACAAGGAAGCAAAGGCCAUCGUCACCCAAGACGAGCGCGUCUGGAUCGCGGGUCUAAGUGACGAGGGCGGCACAGGCGCCUACGUCGCCGCCGCCACGAAGCUCUUCGUCCAGCCUGUCGAAGCCGAGGUCGCGGUCCUGGACGACUUCAUCCACGACACCAUUGUCGGCACGAUCCAGCCGGCCAACGAUACCUUUGCCGUGCGCGCGAGCACCUUCUUCUACCAGCCCGACGCCGUCAACUACACCUAUGACGCCUCCCGUGACUAG